CAAUAGUAGUACAAAGGAGAGAGAGAGAGAGACUCUAGUGCAUAUUUGGCAGGAAGAGCCGAAGAGGGGAGGUGAGGAUCAGAGGAGGCAGCCUCAUCGUCAUGCUUCAGCACUAGUAGUAGUAGUGCCACCAUUUCUUUGCCCUCGAUCUUUCCCCAGAGAGAGAGAGAGAGAGAGAGAGAGUCUUGAUUGGGGGAGGAGAGAGGGAGAGAGAGAAAGAGAGAGGUAUUCUUCUUGUUCUUGUGCUUCCACUUGAUUCACUUCCAAAUUUGUUCCCCUUUCAAGAUAUUCUUUCAUGGGGCUGGGUUCCUGGAUUAUGGCGCUUGCAUGUGUCUUGGUAGAAGUUGUUGACUUGCGGCUUUGGGUUGGGUGGGUGUGGAUUUGCUUCUUGCUUGCUCAUGUCCCCCCCCCCCUCCAUGUCUUCCUUCUUCUACUUUCAGUUUCAGCUGGAUCUCCGCAUGAUUUGGGGUAAGGGGGAGCAUAGCUAUGUCCCUUGGUUCUUGGUUUGUUACUCUUUCUCUGUAUAUGCUGUUCUUUGGUUCAGAAUUUGUUUUGCAUGAACAAAGAAGUACAACUCGUAUGAGGCUUUCAGGAAUUUAAGGCUGCUGCUUUGAUUUUGUCUGUGGGCUAGCUAGACUGAGGAGUCUUGGCUUCACCUUUUCUUUGCUGGAUUUGGUGUUCUUUCAAGUUCAAAAUCUGGAUGGUUUUUCAGUGCUUACCCCCCUUUUCUUGGGUACAUGCUGUGUACUUUCUUCUCUGCCAAUGAAAUGAGACAGAGCUUCUGACUUUGGAUGGACUGUACGGUUCUUAAUUGACAUUUCUGAUUUAGUUCUGCGUUAAAGUGGAUGCUUAGGGUACAGAGGAAUUAGUGCCAAUAUUUGAAGUUUCUUUAGCAAGAUUGCCUUUGUGUGAUGAUAAAUAGGUUAUCCUGGUUGAAUUCUUGGCGGAUUUCAGUUGCUAUUUCCCCCCUGAAAAGCGGGAGUUCUCCUAAGUUUGAUGUACUAUGCAAACGUGGGAUUUUUUUUUCCGCUGUUUAGUACUUGAAGUCUUGGAGCAAUCAAAAUCUUCUGAAUGAUUGAGUUGGAUCUUCCGUAGGCAAGAUAGUACAGGGAAGUAAUUACUAGAGAUAGUACAUAGUAGAAGUGAUUACUCAUUACUUUAAGUCUCUAACUUAACAGCAACCUUGUGGUUGAAAGUAGUCCUGAAGAAAGUUUAGCAUCUUGUCGGUCAUAGGACAUGCUGAUCAUUAGCAUCUGAAGUAGCCUAGAUUUGUCACUGUACUUUGCUCUUGGUCAGCUUUAGGGUGAUUUUUUUUGUGUUCUACAUUGGUAACUACCGGUGUGCUACGCGGACACUGUUUUUUCUUAUUUAUUUUGGAUUAGCCCGGUAGAUGAUGCUGCUCAGGAGUUCUACUUCUUAUCCUGGAGGUGUACUGUCUAGAUAGAUUAAUCCAUCAUAAAGUUGACAUAGUAUUGUUUGUUAAUGAUAUUGUAGAGGCCGUACAAUAGUUCUUUGAUUUAUUUUAUGCUUCGAUCAUUUUCAACUGUUCAUCCAGCUGAGUUUGGAUGUUUGUACAACCUAAUCCCUAAUCAUUGUAUGUGGAUACUAUACAAACCGAAUUCAAGGUACUAAUUUAUCUAGUAACUUGGCUUUCUUUAUGUGCCACUGUCAGUCUGACCUGAAAAUUUUCUGAACUUCAAAAUAGGACAGAAAAUGUUUGUGGAUCUUGAGUAAUGCCUUCUAAUAAUGAUAAUGCUGUUGCAAGAAAUGGAGAAUCAUCCUGUCCAAUGCAUGGCCAAGACCAACUAUGAUUUUCUUGCCAGGAAUAACUAUCCAAUGAAACAGUUAGUUCAGAGGAACUCUGAUGGUGACUCGUCACCAACAAAGUCUGGGGAGUCUCACCAAGAAGCAUCUGCAGUAAGUGACAGCAGUCUCAACGGACAACACACCUCACCACAAUCAGUGUUUGUCCCCUCAGAUAUUAACAACAAUGAUAGUUGUGGGGAGCGGGACCAUGGCACUAAGUCGGUAUUGUCUUUGGGGAACACAGAAGCUGCCUUUCCUCCUUCAAAGUUCGAUUACAACCAGCCUUUUGCAUGUGUUUCUUAUCCAUAUGGUACUGAUCCAUAUUAUGGUGGAGUAUUAACAGGAUACACUUCACAUGCAUUUGUUCAUCCUCAAAUUACUGGUGCUGCAAACUCUAGGAUGCCAUUGCCUGUUGAUCCUUCUGUAGAAGAGCCCAUAUUUGUCAAUGCAAAGCAAUACAAUGCGAUCCUUAGAAGAAGGCAAACGCGUGCAAAAUUGGAGGCCCAAAAUAAGGCGGUGAAAGGUCGGAAGCCUUACCUCCAUGAAUCUCGACAUCAUCAUGCUAUGAAGCGAGCCCGUGGAUCAGGUGGUCGGUUCCUUACCAAAAAGGAGCUGCUGGAACAGCAGCAGCAGCAGCAGCAGCAGAAGCCACCACCGGCAUCAGCUCAGUCUCCAACAGGUAGAGCCAGAACGAGCGGCGGUGCCGUUGUCCUUGGCAAGAACCUGUGCCCAGAGAACAGCACAUCCUGCUCGCCAUCGACACCGACAGGCUCCGAGAUCUCCAGCAUCUCAUUUGGGGGCGGCAUGCUGGCUCACCAAGAGCACAUCAGCUUCGCAUCCGCUGAUCGCCACCCCACAAUGAACCAGAACCACCGUGUCCCCGUCAUGAGGUGAAAACCUCGGGAUCGCGGGACACGGGCGGUUCUGGUUUACCCUCACUGGCGCACUCCGGUGUGCCCGUGGCAAUUCAUCCUUGGCUUAUGAAGUAUCUACCUGAUAAUAGUCUGCUGUCAGUUUAUAUGCAAUGCAACCUCUGUCAGAUAAACUCUUAUAGUUUGUUUUAUUGUAAGCUAUGACUGAACGAACUGUCGAGCAGAUGGCUAAUUUGUAUGUUGUGGGUACAGAAAUCCUGAAGCUUUUGAUGUACCUAAUUGCCUUUUGCUUAUACUCUUGGUGUAUACCCAUUACCAAGUUGCCUUAAAAACCCUCCAAUUAUGUAAUCAGUCAUGGUUUUAUAGAACCUUGCCACAUGUAAUCAAUCACCUGUUUUUGUAAAUUGAUCUAUAAACGCUAUAGGCUGCUGUGUUAUCUGCA